AUGAAAUUUGUUUGGAAUCUUCAUGUUCUUCUUUUGGAGAUUUUUCUGAUCAUUAGUGUCAGAAGCUCUCCAAGAAUUCACCUCCCCGAUGAAGAGUUCUCCUCAAAUUUCUUUAAUCUUGCAACCGAAUACUUCGACAUCCUAGUAUUCACCCAGCAGUGGCCCAACACCGCCUGCUUCGCCCAUCAGAAGAAGGGCGGCACCUCCUGCAACCUUCCUGAUCACAACAGAUGGACAAUCCACGGACUCUGGCCCACGGAGUUCAACACCAAGAACCCACAAUUCUGUAAAAAUGGUGGGACAUUUGAAGCGUCAGCUCUAGCCCCACUAGAGCGUGAACUGAAAGCGAAGUGGAUGACUAUCGACGGUCGAAGGACACACCAAUCAUUCUGGAGUUACCAGUGGAAGAAGCAUGGAUCAUGCUCUACUUCACUGAAAGAAUUAGACACCCCGCUGAAGUACUUCAAGAAGGCUCUGGAGCUCAAUGAUAUCUACAACAUUCAAGACAUCUUGAGGAAAGCUAAUGUCGUUCCCGGAAGAUCUUAUUCCCCUCAGGCUAUCUUCAAUGGAGUCAAUAAAGUUCUGGGGCGGCGGAGUCAAGUCGCCUGCAUCACUAAUUCGGAGAAGCGAGAGUCUUAUCUUUGGGAGAUCCGAGUCUGUUUCGAUAAAUCGUUAAAUCUGGUCGAUUGCAAAGGAUAUGCAACAAACUGUCCACCGACGAGAAAUGUUAUCUAUCCCGAUAGACCGCCGACUAUCUAA